AUGACCUCCCCAAAUCCAGCAGACCAUCCACUCCCUAUAUCACCUGAUCCCAACAUAUCACCUCUAGCAACCUUACCUCUUGCUCUUCAUCCUGACACGACCGAUAUUUCGCCAGAAACAGAAGCUCUCAUCACGUCAUUGCGCACAUCCCUCGCUUCUGCGCAAAGUACAAUCUCCACACAAACGACUAGACUUUCCACUUUAUCAGACGUUGAAACUGCACUCGCUCAAUUGAAAGAUCAAUAUGCUUUUCUUUCAGCAGCGAAAGAAGCAGUCGAAACUCAACUUCAACAAGAAAAGAAAAAACGUGAAGUAGCAGAAGAGAACGUUGAAAUGUUAAGAGGUCAAGUCGAACAAGCUAGAAGAGGUGUAAUGACUUUGCAAAAACAAGAAGCUGAUAGGAAAAGAAUGAGUGUAAUGUCAGGUUCAGGUCAUCAAGGUUUGAGUGGUAUAUUAGGAUUAGGUUUAAACGAAGAAGAGAUUUUAUCAAAUAUAGUCACUCCUGGUAGUAAUACUACUACUACGACUACUAAUGCAAGUGGUUCAAAUGACACUGGAUCAGGACCGGGAUCAAGAGAAAGUAAAUUAGUCAAAAGACAAUCCAUAAUGAGAUCACAUCGUAGACAGUCAAGUCAAUCUGAACCCUCAGAUAUUCAUGAACGUGAACGUAGUAUUGUUUCACCUAACCCACAAAAUUCCACUACUACCGCAACACUUCGACCUGGUGCUCAUGGAUUAAGAGAACUUCGACUUGGUUCAUCAGCACCUCCUACAGCAGCAACUCUUCCUUCACCAAAUGCGACUUUGAAUAAUCCUAAUCAAUCAGGAUACUUUGAUGACAAUUCAGAACCACCUUCUUCAGUAUUAUCGAAAACAGCUGAGUUACCUUCCAAGAAAGAAAUUGAAGCUUUGGAAGAAACUACUAAACUUCGAUCGGAACUAUCCACUUUACAAGUUAGAUUGGAAGAGAGCGAGGAAGCUAGAUUAGCAAGUGAAACCUGUUUAAGAGCUUUAAGGGAAUUCAUGGCAGCUGAUCCUAACACAUCGGAAGGAGAUUUGACUAGUUCAACAGCUGAGUUAUUGAAAGGAAUUAGAUUACCACCUUUACCAACGGAUAAAGAUGCAGAUGAAGAACAAAGACAUGCCGAAGAAGUCGGAAAUGAAAAAGCUAAACCGGCUGGAUGGGGAUUCAAGCUGUGGAAUGCUAAAUCAACAAAUAACCCUACUUCUCCGAAUCGCGAAUUACCUCCACCAUCGAUAUCACCUUCAAAAGGAUUAUCACCCAUUGAUGGUAGAUCAAGAGCCGGAUCAACAGCGACCGUAUCACCACUUCCUACACCAGCAGAAGAGAUAGCCACUCCCACAGCAGCUUUCUUGACUUCUUCAUCAACCUCUCAAACCCCUCUCAGUAGUUUCGUAUCAAAUUGGACGAAAGGUGUGACUAGUCCACCUGCUACUUCGUCUUCACCACAGACAGAAAGACCACCAAACUCGAGAAAGAUCAGUGUAUCCAGUUUCUUCUCGAGAGGAGGAGCAGGAGGAGGGAAGAAGGAGACUAUAACUGAACCCGUCCAAGAAGAAGUCGAAAAAGAACUACCUACACCUCCAGAACAAGAACAAGAUUUAAAAGCCCUAGAACCGAGCCCUGAAAUUUCGAUGAAAACCUUGGAUGCAGAAGAGGAGAAAAGGUUAUCUAAAGGAACGACAAUGACCGAUCUAGAGGAAGAACUUGGUACACCGCAAGGUAGUCUGCAAAGUGUCAUAGAGGAAGAGGCCAAGGAUGAAGUUUCAUUAAAAGGGAAAGAAAGUUGGCAGAUGUAG